CCAGCCUGCUAGACAACUUCCAAUGUUCUCUACUUGACACGAAAGCAAGUAGAAUGUUGCAUUUCGAGAUCAGGGUGUUGUCGAACUACUGAUGCCCUGGACAUAUUUCGACACUGUAUUCAGGGGCACCCGACUAUUGCCCUCAUCUCACCGUCGCUGGUCACGAGUGUGGUGGUGCGCGUGCUUCGGGGAAUUAUCGCCACUUUACACCAAAUGACUCCUCCGGUAUAUUAAUGCAACGAGGAGCUUUGCCAUGAAUUGGUCACCUUCCUACCCUCACCCUCACCAUGAAGCUACUGCACGUUGCCCCAGCUCUUGCGGUCCUUCUUCGGAUCUCCAAUACUUUCGGCCUCAGCCUCAACCCCUCUAUUGCAGCCAUGAACCUAAAAAUGGUUAGGUCAUCUACGCCCCCCACCUCCGUCGAUCUCAUACGGAAUGCGAGCAGUCACUCGCAGCGGCUCCUCGCUUAUGCUCAAUGGCGAGCGAUGGACUACCAGCGGCGCCAACGUCUACUGGCUCGGUCUUCGACUGAGAAUGUCAUCCCCCCUCCGGGUCAACCUUUCUACCCACCAUUAAAAGCGAGCUACCCAACAUUCGGACGCAUCACGGAGAUCAUGAAUACGCUUCAGAUCAUGGGUGCGAGAACUAUCUGUGGUCACACUCUCGGCAUCAGCGUCGGCAAUCCCCUGAGCGUCAUGCCCGAACUGGGCGUCGUUAAUGGCGGGCUGAGAAAACAUGGUAUCCGCAUCUUUGCCCCGCUAGUUGACAACUAUGAUUACUACCAUGGUGGCAAAUUCACCUUCCUCCGCUGGGCUGGGUUCAACCUCACUGGAUCUGACUCCACUAACCCUGAGGUCAUGCAGUUCUACACUAACCAGACUAUCAUCGACGACUUCAAGAACUACAUUAAAGUGAUCCUCACGCGCACCAACCAAUUCACAGGCCUUACAUAUGCUGAGGGUCCCACGAUCUUCGCUUAUGAGACUGGUAACGAGCUCAGAUUGCAGUCGUACAUCAAAGAACUGGCCCCUAACAAGCUUGUCAUCGACGGUACUUAUGGCGUCAAUGCAACACACCUCUCCAUCCCCACUAUCGACAUUUUCUCCGACCAUUUCUACCCACCUAACAUCGCCCAGCUCGAAAAUGGCAUCAGCCUCGUUCGAUCCGUGAACAAAGUCUACAUCGCUGGAGAAUACGAUUGGACAGGAAACAACCCUUCCGCUUCGCCACUUCCGGAUUUCUUCAGUUCAAUCGAAGCUAGCCCUGUUGUUCCUGAUUGCACGAUCUAUGUCAACCAUACAGACGGCGAGACAUUGCAGUAUGGUAACCCGGAAAACACCAUGCAAACUAAUACCCAGAUUUCUGAGAUCAGGCAGCAUCUAUUCAGGAUGCAGGGGGCAGAAUGUUUCUUCGUAUAUCCCUCCAGUGCCUUGCCCGGGGAACUAGAUGGAGAGACUGAUGAGUUUUUGCGCGCCGUGCACUGGGUCUGCCAGCGACCAGGUGUAGCAGGCUUGGCAAACGGGCUGGGCGGCAGAUAUGUGGCGUAUAAGACGCAUCCAAUUGGCUGGCAGCCCAGCACGAAGCAGUUCAACGACCAAAACCAUGUGUAUGCAGUGAACGACGCAUCUAUGCUACAAAGCAGGAGAGCGCCAAGUGGGGAGGAUUAUGUCUAG